CCAGGUUCAAUUUGCAUUUCAUUGUCGUCUAUCUCUUUUCUUCUUCUUCUUUCGUCUAAUCAUGGAGGCUAAUUUGUUCCCCAUCAAUCUUCACGGCUUCAACCCUUCUUCCAAACCAGGACGUCUCUUGAAAUCAUCAAGAUUCACAACUAUCCGGUCUUCACUCCCUCCCAGACACGGCGCUCGCUCUGUUCAGGCGAAUGCAAUGUCAAUUUUGUUCCCACAGAAGGAAAGAGUUGAUGAAAGUAAAAGCUAUACUUUAAAUGGUAUCAGACAUUCUUUGAUUCGACAAGAGGACAGUAUAAUAUUCAGCCUGUUAGAAAGAGCUCAAUAUUCUUUGAAUCCAAAUACAUAUGAUCCUAAUGCUUUUCCAGUUGAUGGGUUUAGCGGGUCUUUGGUUGAGUUUAUGGUCAAAGAAACUGAGAAGCUUCAUGCUCGUGUUGGUAGAUACAAGAGUCCUGAUGAACACCCUUUUUUCCCAAGGGACUUACCAAACCCCAUUCUUCCACCUUUAAAGUAUCCACAGGUUCUUCAUCCAAUUGGUUGCCUGAUCAAUAUUAACAGAAAAGUAUGGGAUAUGUACUUUAAAAACCUUCUUCCCAGAUUGGUUAAGGAAGGAGAUGAUGGUAAUUGUGGAUCAACAGCAGUCUGUGACACAAUUUGUCUUCAGGCCCUUUCGAAGAGAAUUCACUAUGGGAAAUUUGUAGCAGAGGCUAAGUUUCGAGCUUCGCCCGAGGACUAUACAAGUGCAAUAAAAGCACAAGACCGAAAAUGGCUGAUGGAUUUACUUACAUAUCCAAUGGUUGAAGAAACAGUGAAGAGAAGGGUGGAGAUAAAAUCGAAAACUCAUGGUCAAGAAGUGGUGAUUAAUCAGGGAGAUGAACUGGUUUCAGGUUCAGAUCCGAAUUACAGAAUAAAACCAAACUUGGUUGGGGAUUUGUAUGGAGAUUGGAUCAUGCCAUUGACAAAGGAAGUUCAAGUUGAGUAUUUGUUAAGAAGACUUGAUUGACCUGUAAUAAUAAUAAUAAUAUGUUAUUAGAUUACUUACUACUUAUGUAUUAUAAAUCAAUGCCCCAAUGUUUGGCCUCCCCUGUUUUAGAACAAAACAAAAUCUUAUCUAUUUGCCGACCAAUGAAUGUUGUCUUAAUCUUAUAUUAAUUAAUUCUA